AUGAAGAAAUUGGAGAGGAUUCAGAGGUCAGCAACAAAGUUGGUUCCAAGUCUCCAAGACUUAUCAUAUGAAGAGACAUUGAGAAGGUUGAAUCUACAGACGGAACAACAGAGGGAGAGAGACCUGAUUGUGGUGUAUAGGAUGAUGAAUGGAUCAGAAAAAGUGGACCAGCAGGAUCUGAUAACAUGGGAUGUAAGAGAUUCAAGAGGACAUGAAAAGAAGUUGAAAAAGGCCACCUGUAGAAGAGAUAUUAAAAAGAGCAGCUUUCCCCAAAGAAUAGUAGAGACAUGGAAUAGCUUGGAAAAAGGUGUAGUUCAUGCAAGGUUCAUUCAGGAUUUCAAGGCCAAGUUGGAUGAUAGUAGAUACAGAGAUGGGACAUCAUGA